AUGGGUUCUGCGAUAACUACCAUAGUGUUUCAGCCGCCGCAGCCUAGCUACAGUCGAGAUCCAAAUCUCAUCUGGCUCAGCACUUCGGAGCACGAAGUGAUCCCUGCCUUCUUUAUUGACAGGGAUGCCAAGUUCACGCUUCUGUUUAGCCACGGCAACGCGGAGGACUUGGGGAUGAUCAUCCAGUAUUUCCGGGAGGUUUCGCACAUAUUGGAUGUGAAUGUCUUCGCGUAUGAUUACACUGGAUACGGGAUGAGUUCAGGCAAGCCAUCGGAGCAAGCUCUGUAUGCUGACAUCGAGGCGGCCUUCAAGUACCUCCGCGACAUCGUCGGUACGCCGUGGAGUGAGAUUGUGGUGUAUGGAAGAUCAAUCGGGACUGCCGUAAGAGCCAUUGUGCUCCAGAGUCCCCUGCUCUCAAUCUACCGGGUGGCAUUUUCCUCCAGUUUCACGCUGCCCGGCGACAUGUUUCCCAAUGUGGACAGAAUAGGUCAGGUAAAAUGCCCUGUGUAUAUCGUGCAUGGGACGCAGGAGUACGGAGUUCUGAUCGGGCCCCGGUGGUGGGAGUUUGAACGUGUUGGUGAGAUCACGCAGGACGAGAUCAUUCCAUCGUCUCAUGCAGAGGAUUUGGUUCGAAACUGUCGCGAGGGAAUCGCGUACCCGCCCUACCUAGUCGAGAACGGCGGACACAACAACCUUGAACUGAUUGCUCGGCAGCCGUUUUAUGACAACUUCACAAAGUUCCUUCAGUGGUUGGAAAAAAGCGAGAUAUCGGAGGAGCUGCACCAGCACUCUGGGAAGAGCGACGGCGUGAAGGCCAAGUGGUUCCAGAGUCUUGGACGUCGGUGCGCCCCGAAGAUUCAGACUGCAGCUGCGAAGAGUGGAGCAAACCGCAUGGUUGUGAUUUUGUGCCUCGCCGCAUCCUCAAGCUUAGAUGCCCUGGGCGCAGCUGCGCAAGGACACUCCGAGGGGUCGGCCCUUGCGAAGACGGGGAUGGGCAAUGGCGACUCAUCUCCGAGAUGUACCGCAGUCUUGGAUGCGCCGUUGGCAAAUCCCGUCUUCAUGUCGGAUGCGCCGAACUUCCUGCAAAGGCAGCGUAACAGGGCCGCCAAAGCGCUGGUCAGCGAGCAUGCCGGCACCAUCACCUGCCGGCUCGAAUUGGGAGUCCUCGUUCUGAAGUUUUUCUUUGCUCGCAUGCCGGCUGUUACCAAGCAGACUUCAUACGCGAUGUCGCUUGGCGCCUCCGCUUCCUCAGUGUCUGUGGCCAAAGCGGCCUUGCGGAAGCAGGUUCGCGCGAGCCUGAAGAUCCUGGAUGACGCUGAACUGAAUCGCCAAAGCGAGGCCGUUUGCGAACGACUGGUUCGCAGCAGCCUCUUCACGGCGAGUCAGAGGAUUGGCAUCUUUCUCGCGAUGCCAAUGGGAGAGCUUCGGACAGGGCCCAUAUUGCGGCAAGCCUACUCCAGCGGAAAGCAGGUGUUCUGCCCGAGGGUGAUGGGCGAUGGCUGGAUGGAGUUCUUCGAGGUGAAGAGCUUGGAGGAAGCCGGUUCUCUGCCGCUGUCGAAGUGGAAGAUACCGGAGCCUCCCGAGGAUUUUCCCAAAGUGGAGCCAUGGGAUUUGGAUCUUCUGCUGGUCCCGGCUGUCGCUUUGGACCUGAGUCGAAGGCGCUGUGGUCAGGGCAUGGGCUUCUAUGAUCGCUAUGUCCAGCGAGCUAAACAGCGACCCGACGGAAGCCGGCCUCUGAGAACGAUUGGGCUUGGACUUCUGCAACAAAGACAGGAGGAAGUGCCCUGUGAGUCGCAUGACGAGCUGCUUGACGCAGUCGUCUUUCCCGAUUGUGAUGUUUUCCCCACAGCAUGCGAGCCAGCAGAUCCAGGGAGACCAUAG